CAAGCUGCGCGCAGUCGGCGCUUCUGGCCAGAGACCAGCGCUGCUCAGUGGGCGGAGGUGCCUCCGCCUCCCUGCUGGGCAGGACUAACGGGGUGGAAUCGCCACCACAAAUCUAGGCGCCGUCGGCGCGAACCCAGCCCGGAGAAGCCAUGUGGCUUACGCUGGUGCUGCUGGCGGUGCUGCUGCUGGCCGUCCUCCGCAGAACUUACCUGGGGCUGUUCUCGGGCGGCUCCCCGAAUCCCUUCUCCGAGGACGUCCAGCGGCCACCCGCACCCCUCGUGACCGACCAGGAGGCCCGAAAGAAAGUUCUGAAACAAGCUUUCUCAGCCGGCCGAGUGCCGGAGAAGCUGGAUGUGGUGGUGAUUGGCAGUGGCAUCGGGGGCCUGGCUGCAGCCGCGAUUCUGGCCAAAGCUGGCAAGCGAGUUCUGGUGCUGGAACAACAUACCAAGGCAGGAGGCUGUUGUCAUACGUUUAGAAAGGAUGGCCUGGAAUUUGACACAGGAAUCCAUUACAUUGGGAGGAUGCAGGAAGGCAGCUUUGGCCGUUUUAUCUUGGACCAGAUUACUGAGGGGCAGCUGGACUGGUUUGCCUUGUCUUCUCCCUUUGACAUCAUGGUACUAGAAGGGCCCAACGGCCGCAAGGAAUUCCCCAUGUACAGUGGGGAGAAAGCCUACGUUCAGGGUCUCAAGGAGAAGUUUCCCCAGGAGGAAGCUGCCAUUGACAAAUAUAUAAAGCUGGUUAAGCUGGCAUCCAGGAGAGCCUUUCAUGCCAUCUUGUUGAAGAUUCUCCCGUUGCCCCUGGUUCAGUUACUCAACAAAUGUGGGCUGCUCACGUGGUUCUCUCCAUUCCUUCGCGGGUGCACCCAGAGCCUGGCUGAGGCCCUGCGGCAGCUGCCCGCCUCCCGGGAGCUCCAGGCAGUGCUCAGCUACAUCUUCCCCACGUAUGGCGUGACCCCCAGCCACACCACCUUUUCCAUGCAUGCUCUGCUGGUUGACCACUACAUGAAAGGGGCCUUUUAUCCUCGAGGGGGUUCGAGUGAAAUCGCCUUUCACACCAUCCCUGUGAUCCAGCGGGCUGGGGGUGCCGUCCUGACGAAGGCCUCUGUGCAGAGAGUGCUGCUGGACUCAGCUGGGAAAGCCUGUGGUGUCAGUGUGAAGAAGGGUCAAGAGCUGGUGAACAUCUAUUGCCCCAUCGUGAUCUCUGAUGCAGGACUGUUCAAUACCUACGAGUACUUAUUGCCAGAGACCGCGCGCUGUCUGCCAGGUGUGAAGCAGCAGCUGGGGAUGGUGCGGCCCGGCUUGAGCAUGUUCUCUGUCUUCAUCUGCUUACGAGGCACCAAGAAGGACCUGGAGCUGCAGUCCACCAACUACUAUGUUUAUUUCGACACAGACAUGGACAAGGCGAUGGAGCACUACCUGGCCAUGCCCAGGGAAGAGGCUGCGGCACACUUGCCUCUUCUCUUCAUUGCUUCCCCAUCAGCUAAGGACCCGACUUGGGAGGACCGCUUCCCAGACCGGUCCACGGUGAUCGUGCUGGUGCCCACUUCCUAUGAGUGGUUUGAAGAGUGGCGGGAGGAGCCAAAAGGAAAGCGGAGCAGCGACUACGAGACCCUCAAAACCUCCUUUGUUGAAGCCUCUCUGUCAGUUGUCCUGAAGCUGUUCCCACAGCUGGAGGGAAAGGUGGACAGUGUGGCUGGAGGAUCUCCGCUGACCAAUCAGUACUAUCUGGCUGCUUUCCAGGGUGCCUGCUAUGGGGCUGACCAUGACCUGGGCCGCCUGCAUCCUCACGUGAUAGCCUCCAUCAGGGCCCAAAGCCCCAUCCCCAACCUCUACCUGACAGGUCAGGAUAUCUUUACCUGUGGGUUGAUGGGGGCCUUGCAGGGGGCCCUUCUGUGCAGCAGUGCCAUCCUGAAGCGGAACUUAUACUUAGACCUUAUGAAGCUUGGCUCAAGGAUCCAGGCCCAGAAGAAGAAGAAGUAGUUCGGUCAGGGGUGCGUCAGAGGAAUUUGGCCAGUUUAUGGCACAGCCUGACUUAGCCAUGUCUUCUAGCAUUAACUUCUGCUCACAGGAAGCACUCUCCUUUGCUUUUGAUUUCCAAAUGGAGAUCUGACCCACAGGUCUCAUACAGAUCUCAGUUCCUGAACUGGAGCUCUUCCAGCUGGGGCAGGGGGUGACCUUCCAUACCUUUUAUCACAUGCUAGCUACUAGAGGCCCGGUGUGGGCUACUGAUUCGGAGAGCCCACUGUCUCAUCAAGCAGUGCUCUGCACCCGCACCCGUACCUCCUAACUCCGAACAAUCAAACCGGGUAGUCCGGGAAAUGUUUGUCCAGCUGUUCCGAGCCUCUCUGUCACUCGAAGUGCUGUGCUGCAGUCCACCCUGUUAAGGAAGAAGGGGGCCUGACGAAGUUAAAGGAUGCCCAAUGAGGUUUCAGUCACAACCCGGGCAUGGUUUUGGUUAUAAUUUCAUAGGUUCAGAGACCUCUGGAUCCCAUUGUUUGCUGGUUCCGAUGGCUCUUUCAGGAAGUGGAGACAUGCCUGUGACAGGCUCAAUGUGAUUGUGGGGGCUGGAGGUCAUGAAAAGACAUUAGUUAGCAAGGUGUGUGUUAGAAGAUAAUAUCCAAUUGCAUGCAGCCAUGGCCCUAGGUUGGUCUUCCUUAUAAUUGAGUUCUCAGUGUGCCAGCACCAAGACACACCUUCAUGGAGUUUAUUUAGUACCUGAGCUCAAGGCUUACAUUUCAAAGACACACAGCAAAGGGUGACGUUAGUAGUCAGGACACAGGACUGGGAAGGUGACUUCACUGGGUUGAAGGAGGCUGCAAGGGCAUUCCAGGCCAAGGGUACAGCAGGGGACAAGCACUGAGAGGUAACAAUGAAUAAUGACAAAGGGCCCAGCUACCUCCUGGGCCUAAACGUGAGCUGCCUGGUGGGGAGGAGGAGUAAGGUUGGAAAUCAGUCACGAUCACAAGGAAGCUAUAGAAUGUGUACAAAGCCCAGAAUGGUGUUUCCCGUUUACUGGAGACUGGAUGGGAAGGUGAAUGAAGACUAAAGGUUAAAAAUGGCCCGGCCGGUGUGGCUCAGUGGUUGAGCAUCGACCCAUGCACCAAGAGGUCGCCGGUUCGAUUCCCAGUCAGGACACAUGCCCGGGUUGUAGGCCCA